GUGCGCGUUCCCGGCCCAGAUAUCUUUCCUCUAGGAGCUGUGGCCCGUGGGCAAGAGCGGCUUUCCGUGGCGCGCGCCCUUCACAACCCCCCCAGUUUUGGGGCGCGCGCUCUGAUGUUGGGUGGCGGUGCCGCCUCGAGAGCGCGCAGGAGGCUUCUGCUGAGCAGAGGGCCGGCCGAGGCUCGUUGUGCGGGGAAGGUUGAGGAUUGGGUCCUUUCUGGUCUGGUGACGUUCCCGGGCAUCCGUGGCCUCGGCCUGGAAAGAAACCAACCAGCUUUGCUGUCUGGCUUGCGGCUCCACUCCUCUGUGAGCGGGGCGAGAUUGCCCGUUCUCCUCAAAGAAUGCCGUUACUUGAGGCCCAAGUACGGUGUGGGUGCUUGGAAUAUUAGAAGUCUUAAGAACUCAGGACAAGCAGCAGAAAUACAUGCAACAUGGUGACUGGAACCCUAAGGACUCUGCAAUAUGAAUAAUUCCCUGGAGAACACCAUCUCCUUUGAAGAGUACAUCCGAGUAAAGGCACGGUCUGUCCCGCAACACAGGAUGAAGGAAUUUCUGGACUCACUGGCCUCUAAGGGGCCAGAAGCCCUUCAGGAGUUCCAGCAGACAGCCACCACUACCAUGGUGUACCAACAGGGUGGGAACUGCAUAUACACAGACAGCACCGAAGUGGCUGGGUCUUUGCUUGAACUUGCCUGUCCAGUCACCACCAGUGUUCAGCCACAAACCCAGCAAGAACAGCAGAUCCAGGUUCAGCAGCCACAGCAGGUUCAGGUCCAGGUGCAGGUACAGCAGUCUCCGCAACAGGUCUCGGCUCAGCAGCUCUCCCCACAGCUCACCGUUCACCAGCCUACUGAGCAACCCAUCCAGGUCCAGGUGCAGAUCCAAGGCCAGGCACCACAGUCAGCAGCCCCCUCCAUUCAGACCCCGUCUCUGCAGAGUCCCAGUCCCUCGCAGCUGCAAGCAGCUCAGAUCCAGGUGCAGCACGUGCAAGCGGCCCAGCAGAUCCAGGCUGCAGAAAUCCCGGAGGAGCACAUCCCACAUCAGCAAAUCCAGGCUCAGCUGGUGGCUGGCCAGUCUCUUGCUGGUGGUCAGCAGAUCCAAAUCCAGACCGUGGGUGCCCUUUCCCCACCACCAUCCCAGCAGGGCUCACCCCGGGAAGGGGAGCGGCGGGUUGGCACAGCCAGUGUCCUCCAGCCAGUGAAGAAGCGCAAAGUGGACAUGCCCAUCACUGUGUCCUACGCCAUCUCAGGGCAGCCGGUGGCCACCGUGCUGGCCAUUCCACAGGGCCAGCAGCAGAGUUAUGUGUCUUUGAGGCCAGACUUACUGACAGUAGACAGUGCCCACCUGUACAGUGCCACUGGGACCAUUACUAGCCCUACAGGAGAAACCUGGACCAUCCCUGUUUAUUCUGCCCAGCCCCGGGGGGACCCUCAGCAGCAGAGCAUUACCCACAUUGCCAUUCCCCAGGAAGCCUACAACGCAGUUCACGUCAGUGGCUCACCCACGGCCCUGGCAGCUGUUAAGCUGGAGGAUGACAAGGAGAAGAUGGUGGGCACCACAUCUGUAGUGAAAAACUCCCAUGAAGAGGUAGUGCAGACCCUUGCAAACUCUCUCUUUCCAGCACAGUUCAUGAAUGGCAACAUCCACAUUCCAGUGGCUGUGCAGGCUGUGGCAGGCACUUACCAGAAUACGGCUCAAACUGUCCAUAUAUGGGACCCCCAACAGCAGCCGCAGCAGCAAACUCCCCAGGAACAGACACCACCACCACAGCAGCAGCAGCAGCAGCUCCAGGUUACUUGUUCAGCUCAAACUGUCCAGGUUGCUGAAGUUGAACCACAGUCACAGCCACAGCCUUCCCCAGAACUUCUGCUUCCAAAUUCUUUGAAGCCAGAAGAAGGGCUUGAAGUAUGGAAAAACUGGGCCCAGACCAAGAAUGCUGAAUUAGAGAAGGAUGCUCAGAACAGAUUGGCACCCAUUGGGAGGCGCCAACUGCUGCGAUUCCAGGAAGAUCUCAUCUCCUCUGCUGUGGCAGAGUUGAAUUAUGGGCUCUGUCUAAUGACACGGGAAGCUCGAAAUGGAGAAGGUGAACCCUAUGACCCAGAUGUGCUCUACUAUAUUUUCCUGUGUAUUCAAAAGUAUCUUUUUGAAAAUGGAAGGGUAGAUGACAUUUUCUCCGAUCUUUAUUAUGUUCGGUUCACGGAGUGGCUACAUGAAGUUCUGAAGGAUGUUCAGCCCCGGGUCACUCCACUUGGCUAUGUCUUGCCCAGCCACGUGACUGAGGAGAUGCUGUGGGAGUGCAAGCAGCUUGGGGCUCACUCCCCCUCCACCUUGCUGACCACCCUCAUGUUCUUUAAUACCAAGUACUUCCUAUUGAAGACAGUGGACCAGCACAUGAAGCUGGCCUUCUCCAAGGUCUUGCGACAGACAAAGAAGAACCCCUCUAAUCCCAAGGAUAAAAGCACGAGUAUCCGGUACUUGAAGGCCCUUGGAAUACACCAGACUGGCCAGAAAGUUACAGAUGACAUGUAUGCAGAACAGACGGAAAAUCCAGAGAAUCCAUUGAGAUGUCCCAUCAAGCUCUAUGAUUUCUACCUCUUCAAAUGCCCCCAGAGUGUGAAAGGCCGGAAUGACACCUUUUACCUGACACCUGAGCCGGUGGUGGCCCCCAACAGCCCAAUCUGGUACUCAGUCCAGCCUAUCAGCAGAGAGCAGAUGGGACAAAUGCUGACCCGGAUCCUGGUGAUAAGAGAAAUUCAGGAGGCCAUCGCAGUGGCCAAUGCAAGCACUAUGCACUGAGAUGCCUUGGCCAUAGUGCAAGAGAAAGCAGCCAGGAAAAACCAGAGAGACUUUCACACUAAAGAAGAGGCCUCCAUUUUUUCUUUUUUCUUUUUUUUAUUGGUGUAGUUAUGAAGCCUUUCAGGCUGCUUCUGUUUAAAAUGUAAAAGAAAACUUUGCCCCCUUUGCAUCUUCAUAAACCUGCUGCGGCAGACUCCUCAGCCGAUGGUGGCUCUGGGUUUCCUUGAGAUCAUAUGUCCUAGAAAGUUGCUGACUGACUCUUUUUUUGUCUGGGGCCUGGGGAAAGGGCUUGGACUGUUAAAUGUGGCCCCUUUCCAUCUUCAAGAGAGAUGGAAUUAAUGAUGAAUGGACCCUGCAAGGGAAUCUCCCCAGCUGACUUCCACUGGGCUGACAGACUUUGCUGACCACAGGGGAACGAUGUUCUUUUCUUUCUUCAUGCUCAAACAUAAACUUAGCAUCUUAAUGGAAGAAAAAUGAGGGGAACUUCAAUUAUGAUUUAUUAAAGACAAUUUCUAUUACACCCUC